AUGGCGCGCCUGCUGGCCCCGGGGGGCUACGGCCUGCUGGUGUCCGAGGUGUGCGACGAGCGCGCCUGCCAAGGCUGCACGGGCCUGGGCCUGCAGGAGGUGGGCUUCCCGGGCGGGCCGCUGCGCUGCGCGUCGGCCUCGCGCGACGCCCUCCUGUUCGACGUCUUCGGCCUCCCAGGUUUGUUGAGGUCGCCGGACUUCCUGGCGGCCGGGGUGGACCCGCUCUCCGUGACGAUGUUGCGCCCAUGGUGGUGGAGGCAGUCCGCCAGCCGGCCGCGGUACUUGGUGGCGGCGGUCGCCUUCAGGUCCAGCGGGGCGGGCGCGGCAGCGUGCACGGGCCAGUGUGCGGGGCUGCUCACCCGGGGGCGCUGCUAUGCCCGCGGGGCUGGGGCGCCGGGGCGCGCGGGGCAGCGCGGGGCGGCGCGGCCUGGCCGGUGCCGCGGGCAGCCGGGGCGGCCCACGGGCGGAGACAGGAUGCCGCUCCGGGCCUGCGGCGCCGCCGCGCUGCUGCUGGCGGCCUCGCCGCGCGCCCGCUGCCGCGCCGGCGGGUCGCGAGCUGGCGCCGGCGGCGCCGGCACCGCCCGCGCAGCGGGAGAGGAGCCCUCCUGCCUCUCGGAGGGCGCGUCCACGAGCGCGUUGCUGCGGUGCAUCGCCUGGCGCCAGGACGCAGGCCACUCCGGGUUCGAGGCGCACACGCCGACUGAGGAGGCCGAGGACACCGCCAUGCGGUACAUGUCGAAUUUGGGGAAGGACAAGGGCGGCCCCCAGGCUGGGCCAAUAAGCAAGGUGCACACGCAGCACUCACUGGAGCAGUUCUCGGACUUCAUGCAGACCGGCCGUGGGCUGCCCCGCAUCUUCGCGCUAGACGGCGGGCAGUGGGGGCGCGCGUGCGAUUGGUCGGAGGAGUCGCUCGGGUACAGGUAUUCCCUCGAGAACUAUAUGCGCACAUGGAUUCUCGGGAACAGCGGGUACCUGGUCGAGGACAUGAACGUGGCCGACUUUGUAUACCUGCCCCACUGCGCCACCGGCAUCUUCAUGCAUGUCGUUGCCAAGGAGCAGAUAGAAAGGCAAGGACAGAAGAAGAGGAGGCCCAGGCCACGCCCAAACGGCUCGACGGAGACGACACCAGCGUCUGAGGCGUACCUCGAGUACGAGGGAUCUCUUCCGCUACGCUCGACGAGACAGGUAGACGGCACAUAUCUCAUGGGUGCACUCAAGAGCUGGGCAAGGGUGCCCGAAUUCAAGACUUGCAUGGACCGCCGCUCGUGCCGUUUCCUGAUCGUGAGUGUCUACGGCCGCCACGUCUGGCGGAACCUGGCUGGCGCAUUCGGUGCCAAGGCCGUGUUUUUGACCCACGCGGGCCUCUCCGGAUGGCUCUCUCAACAGCCAUCGGACCUCUUCCUGGCCCACGCGUCGCGGAGGCGCGGCCGCCAGGCCGGCGCGGAGCCCGCCUGUCGGGCGAUCUGCCCGUUGCACUGCCAGCGGGAACCGCCGCCAGUGCUGCAGGACGACGUGGUGCUGCCGUGGAUCGUGGCUUUUGGCUGGACGAGGCGGUCGGGGCAGCACCCGAUCCUCGCGCGACAUCCACGUGUUCUACAGCGGGACUCAGAAUUCGUGUGCACGGGAGAAAUUGCACGCCAUGUUCCGCAGCAGAGCCGAGGCAGAGUUGUCCGGAAAUGUCUCUGGUGGCGCCAUGGGGGGGAGGGUCUUGAUCCCGAAAGCGUCGACUCAUGCAGGAGGAGUGGUCGGAGCUCGCCUUCCGCUCGCGCCUCUGCCUGGCGCCCGAUGGGGAUUCCCCGAAUACGGGCCGCCUGGUCGAGGUCAUCAUGCACGGCUGCGUGCCGGUAA